AUGUUCGGCUGUUGUAUACCUCGUGAUCAAUCAAAACAAACGAAUAAAAUGAUUAAUGAAGCAUUAGAACGAGAUAAAAAAGAAAUGCACGUUGAAUCCAAAUUACUUUUACUUGGUGCUGGAGAAUCUGGAAAGAGUACAGUAGUAAAACAAAUGAAAAUAAUUUUUAAUGAAAAUGGUUAUACGACAGACGAAUGUCUUCGUUUUAAACCUGUCAUUUUUUCUAAUACAAUUCAAUCAAUGUUAGCAAUUUUACAAGCAAUGAAUCGAUUACAGAUAUCGUUUGCAAAUCCUAUUCGACAGGUAUGCGAAAUAUUUGGAAAGACAAAUGAAACCUGA